GCAAUGACAAGUUGGUUCCACUGAAUAAUUUUUAAUGCAUUGACCAUAUUUACAAAAAGGUUCAAUUAAUAAAUGCAUUCAAUGACACAAGUUCAUCAGAAGACCCAUGGUACAUCAGAUGAUGUAUUGGUAGCAGUCUAGCAUCAUGAUUGGACCAAUCGUGUACUUCACCCUUAUACUCCUCACCGUUGUUUGUGCUGCAUUUCAGUAUGUGGCUCACAGACUACGUAGAGAUGCUUCAAUUGGGAACAACCCUAUGUUUGUCCGGUUUCAGCGUGGCUAUUUUGCUGCCUAUCUGAUGGCCAUGUUUGCUGACUGGCUACAAGGUCCCUACCUCUAUAAACUCUAUCACCAUUAUGGUUUCCAGGAGGAGCAGAUCGCCAUCCUGUAUGUGUUUGGGUUUGCCUCCACUGUCCUCCUGGGAACCUGGACACCUAUUGCUGCCGACCAGUUUGGCCGAAAGAAGUUGUGUAUGUCCUUCACAGUCUUGUACUCCGUGUCCUGUAUAUUGAAGCUAUCAACAAGUUACGGUGUCCUCUUAAUUGGUCGGAUCUUGGGUGGUAUUGCAACAUCUGUGUUGUUUUCUGCAUUUGAAGCCUGGUAUGUCCAUGAGCAUGUUGAGACCCAUGAUUUUCCAAAAGAGUGGAUUGCAGUAACAUUUGCCAAAGCAUCAUUCUGGAAUGGCUUAAUGGCUAUUUUAGCAGGAUUCACGACAAAUGUACUCUGCGAUUGGAUGGGCUUUGGACCUGUUGCUCCAUAUAUCCUGGCUAUUCCAUUUUUAGUUGCUGCUGGUGUUAUAGUUAUGUAUACAUGGAAUGAAAAUUACAGUGGACAUACCAUUAAGUUUAGGAAGUUAUGUGGAGAAGGCUUUAAAAGCAUUGUAACAGAGGAGAAGAUAUUCAUGCUAGGAGCUAUAGAAUCUCUAUUUGAAAGUGUUAUAUAUAUCAUUAUUUUCUUAUGGACACCAAUUCUAGAACCUGCCAAGCCUAUGUUAGGUGUUGUAUUUUCAACAUUCAUGAUUAGCAUACUGACAGGUCAAGCGUUCUUCCAAGUGCUGAAUUUGCGCAAAAAAUUAUCAACCACUGUUUUACUCAUAAUAUCUAUUGCAAUUGCUCUGUUUGCUAAUUUAUUAUUGGUGUAUUCAACUCACCCUGGUGCCCAUGACUAUGCCCUCUCCUUUUCUGCUUUCGUAGUUUUCGAAAUUGCAGUCGGUAUUUAUUUUCCCGCCAUGGGAUUUCUCCGGUCUAGAAUCAUUCCCGAUACGCAUCGCUGGAGCAUCAUGAACUGGUUCCGGGUUCCCAUAAACCUGAUCGCGUGCGCCGUUCUCUUACUGCUCCACGAGGACGUGUUCAGACACGGGAAUCAGAUGAUCUUUGUGAUUUGUGUGGUCUUGCUGUUCUUGGCCAUUCUCAGUGGUGUUCGGUUUAAAACUCUGACAAACGAUGAUGAGAGUUUGAAACAAGAGGCUGGAUGGCAGGAAAGUGACCAUAUUCAUAACAUCUUUUAAUAAAACAACGUAUCGAUGUAAAAUUAUCACUUUUAUUGUAUCCUGGCACAAGUUUUUGAAUUUUUUUUUUUAGGUUUUGAAAUUUUGUAAAGCGUAUCAUAUUUAUUCUAUGUUGAAAGUACACUUGUACAAAGUAAUACUAAUAUACUCUUUUCACCCAGUCUAACUAAAUUCAUUUAGAGGAUAUGAGGAAAAAGAGUCGGAUUUUAAUCCUGUCAUACUAUUGUUUAACAAAAAAUUUGAAACUUGGUUGCCCUUUUAGAUCCAUUUUAAGGUAUUUAUGUGGUGCAAAAUAUGUGAUCUGUACUUUGUUUUCAAAUAGACGUGUAAACAACAUACAAAAUGUUUAUCGUGUACAUUCAUAAAUAUAGUGAUGUUAUUUAGAUGCUCAUAUAAAAUUGUGUUUAAAAUCUA